CUAUAUCAACACAGACGCGCCGUCGCCGUGCUUAACCGCCUGCUCGUUUUUAACGCACACUCCAGCGUUUUCUCUGCGCUCGCGCUCUAAUUAAUUGAGUAUGCUGGAGUGUGCGAAUUUCCGACACGACGUGCGCCUGCACUGCAGCAGUCGUCGUCGUUGCGUCGGCAAUCUUAUCUCCGAGUCUGCGUUUCGGCCAGGCGCGAGAAAAGUCGUCUGCAAAAACGCAAAGUCGAUGACGCCCUUGAGACACAGGCGCUACAUCAGGCAUCAGCAAGCAGCGCGCAACGCGGCAACGGUUUCGAAAAAAUCACGCGUCGUCCGUCAAGUGGCGCCCCCCAACAAUUCCGAGAGUAAGAUAUUUUUCACACACACAUAUAGGAUGCAGAAAAUAACUGAAAAACUCGUCUCUCUCGCCCCGUGUCGCCGUGUCCUCUUCAUGCCAGUGAAGUCGCAAUAAUUUUUGCGCACCUAGAGUCUCGAGAAGCAAACCCGGCAGACUGCAAGGCAGUCCUUCACCUCGACUGUGAUCCGGCUCAAAAAUUCAAGAAUUCUUCUCAUAACCAAUAUAACCAAGUUAACUUGCAGAAGCUUCGAGAUCGCGAAGACAAUUAUCCUCGACGGAUUGCCGAGGUAGAGAACGAGACGAGGGCAAAAGGGUUGAUUUUCGAAGAGCUGUAGCCGAGGAGAUACGUCGGGUCGAGAGUCGUGUGUGCGUAUGUGACUUUGGCCAUCGUGAAAAUGUCGUCGAGACUCUUGACGUUGUCGGCGGUUUGAGAGGUGUUGGAGAGAGAAGGAGAGAGAAAGCGAGAGAAGGAAGUAGGAGAGGAGCUAUACGAGCCGCUGUGAACGCGGAACAUGUCUGCCCCAGCAGUCAGUUGUGCUCAGCAGCAACAAACGAGUGGAAGCAGUUGCGCGCUCAACACAAGCGGUUGCGUGGUGUGCGGGAGGAACGACAAAUUGCUAAGGUGUUCGCGUUGCAAGAGUAUAUUUUAUUGUACUAAGGAGCAUCAGAAGCUCGACUGGAAGCACCACAAGAGUGUCUGCUCCAGGCUCUCCAACUGCACUUCUUGCGAGAAGGACAGUCAAAACUCAGAGGAACUUCUGGCCAGUGACAAUCACAGCAGAAGCAAAGUACCUGUUCAAGAAGAGAAGUCAGACAGCAGGAAACCAAGAAACAACGAAAAUAAAAAGGCUAAGAAUCAGAGCCAAAGGGGAGGAGACACACGGAAUAAUUUGCACACAAAAGAGGCAAGGGACGGUUGGACAUCACCUAUAACAUACGAGGGCAGCUCAGAAGAUACAAUUCUGGGUGCCAGAGCAGAGCUGCUGAAUCCUUUACAGGGUUCUAAAAUUCUCGAAAGCUCUGCUAAUAAGCCAACCACAGAAAUGCCUGAACACCGACAUCACAACGGGGUGAAGAACUUCCCAGAAGUUAGGCUGAGGCACGAGGAAGAAUUUCUUCCGUCAUUUUUACCUAGAAGUCGGAACAAUCUUGAGGAAAUUGACGAUAUUUGUAGAAAUGUGAUAAGAGACAUGAAUUUGUGGGGAGUGUGUGUUGUAAACAAUUUUCUGGGCACAGAGAAGGGUCUAGCAGUGCUGGAUGAAGUUUUAAGUAUACACAGUGCUGGAUUGUUCAGAGACGGUCAAUUAGUAUCUAAUAAGGCUGGUGCAAGUGACUUGAAAACGAUAAGGGGCGAUCAAAUCACAUGGCUGGACGGCAAAGAGAAAAAUUGUCAGAACAUUGGUAUGCUGAUAUCGAAGGUAGAUGCCAUAAUCAUGAGGGCAAACAAGAUGCACAACAAUGGAAAGUUGGGAGAUUACACAAUAAACGGAAGGACUAAGGCCAUGGUGGCGUGUUAUCCUGGCUACGGUUCGCACUACGUCAAACAUGUGGACAAUCCCAACCGAGACGGCAGAUGCAUUACAGCGAUAUACUACCUGAACAGGGACUGGGACAUCACGCAAAACGGAGGUCUUCUGAGGAUAUUCCCAGAAGGCUGGCAAGACCAAGUCGCCAACAUCGAGCCGCUCUUCGAUCGUAUCCUAUUCUUCUGGUCAGACCGUAGAAAUCCUCACGAGGUUCAACCAGCUUACAAGACGAGAUACGCCAUUACCUUGUGGUACUUCGACGCCGAGGAAAGAAACGAGGCUUGCCGAAGAUAUCAAAGAGACAAAGAAAUAAACAGUAAACCAGGAAAUUCAUGAGACGUGGAAAGUGAAGGACCUAAACACCGUCUGACGACUGAAUUUAUAAAUGCAACGCUCCAAUUUAUGCAUCUGUAUAUAGUUACGCGCGAAAAGCACUGGUACAUAAUCGUAUUACUAUCUUCGUAUUAAGAGAAAUGGAAGCGGCCGACGAUCCUAACCCAAGCGAAUCGAGGAAUUGACUAGUGUACAACAGAGAUGAAGUUAUAACAUACUCAACAAGAAUGUGCAAUAGUCCAGUAUUUUCGUUUAUUUUGUUUUCUUCUUUGUGUGGAUUCUGUGGUUCUGUUAAGGAAAUUUUGUCAUACACAAUUUUUUAUCCGACCGCGAUCGCUCACAAAUUGGAACGGUUAAGAAAGAAAAACUCUUCAAUUUUCUUAACGUACAUAUAAAUUAUAACAUAGAGUUAAUGUUGCAGAGUUGUGUAAUCAAAAUUGAACAUAAUACCGCAUGGUUUACAAGUGCCUCGGUAUGCAUAAAUUGUGAUACGUAACUCAGUAAUUACUCAGGAAAGUCGGUUCUAUCUUUCGAUAUAUUUUUAUCAAAUGAAAUUAAAUAAUUUUCAAAAUUAUUGCAAGUAGUAAAAAUUAUUAUAAUUAUAAAGUUGGGUCUGAUUGUAUCUUAGCCAUUAUAUCUGAAUCGACUUUGUGCUUGUUAUGUUAAAAGUCAAAUAAUAUUGUUGUACAUAUAGUAUUUAAAAGUAAUAAUUGUUUUGUCACAUAUACUCUAUUAAUUUGAAUUCUGAUAAAAUUAUUUUUAAAAAUCAA